GCCCCUCCCAUCCACCCGCCAAGGCGUCGGGGGAGGCCAAGGCCAAGGCCAAGGCCACGGCCGCCGGCAGCGCCGUCGAUGCCGCCCGUGUGCUGCGGGUCGAGGGGGCGACGUUCGAGCGCGUGCGCCAGGAGCUCGAGGGCGUCGCUUGGGCCAAGAGCCUUGGCUUCCCGCGCACCUACCUGGAGCGGGGCGCCGAGAUUGCCGCCACCGAAGAGCGCGCCAUUACCUUGAAGCAGCUGCAGGAGCUGGCAGGGCACGUCCAGGAGGUGAGCUCGGGCAAGUACCUGAGCGAUUCGCGUGGCAAGGCCGUCGACUGGACAACUGUGAAUCUCUAUGUGAUCAGCGACUGCAUUGUGCUUCCCUUCACCCUCCGCUUCCGCUGCUCGUUCGUGGAGCUGGUCGCAGAAGGCCCGCAGCUCCCGAGGUGGUUCGUCAGCCACUGGUGGGGCACGCCCUUCUGCCAAACUGUGUCCCUCCUGUCUUUCCACGGAGUGCAGCGGCAGCUGCCCGAUGCGUCGGCGUACUGGAUCUGCACCUUCGCCAACAACCAGCACGACCUCUCGAGCCUCAGCGGGACGCUGCGGCAGACGCCCUUUGUCCGAGCAAUCCUCAGCGAUGGCUGCGAAGGCACCCUAGCGCUGCUGGACGCCAACGUCACCACCUUCGAUCGGAUUUGGUGCGUGCUCGAGAACUUCGUCAGCACAGUCUGGGCCCGCGAGGGCGGCGAGUACCUCUACGACAUCGCGGCCUGGCUGCCGGCCAACUCGGCUCUGCAUGGCGGGCGGCCCGUGCCGGCGCCUGGGAAGGGAGGCUUGAGGGACUUGCUCGGGCCUGACCGCGUCCUACUCCGCUCGCCACACUUCUUGCUCUAG